AUGGACUCCCGACCUUCUUGUGACCGCUUCGACGUUAUGCAGAACGGCCGACCAGUCUCCAUCCUCAACCCCGUCCAACCAGAAGGACGUGACCUCUGGGCCGAAAGGGACAACGACCUUUUUGUCUUGGCCGACGCCGCCGUCGCAAGGAGGGACGCCGCGGUGAUGGCUGGGAGAAGGGGGGCCUACGACCCUUCCAACGACUCUUGGCUCCGGAGACGCUCGCAGGAAUACGUCGACGAGCACUACCCCUUGGACGACAGUCCACCCGGGACUCCUUCCCCUCAAUCUAGGGGUCUUCGUGCUUGUCCCUCCGAGCGCCCCAAUAGGGGUCGUUAUUCUUUGGGUUCCCCUCGCCGCCGUUCCGUGCCCGUUCCUGCCCCUGCCCCCGCCCCCGAUGCUGCUCCCGCUCACGCCUCCGCCCCCGUCCUUCGACGGGCCCGUCCACGCAUGGUUGAGUGUGGUGUCAACGGCUGCGUCCGCAUGUUCUCGUCAAAGAACAUUGCAGACCACCGGAAGACCCACAUUCUGGAGGCUGCUGGUGGCUCUGAGCCAGCUCGCCAGCCAUGCAAGCCAUGCGCUGGCACUGGCAAGGCUUGCAUGGUGAGCAGCAGCCCAACCAACGUGGCGGUGAACACCUACUCCUGCCUGGCCUGCCUCAAGUCCCAUCGGGGAUGCAGCCACAAGGAGCAUGGUCGAGCCCAGCCCCGACCUCGACGCCACCCUGCUCUGGACUCUCCUUCCCAUUAA